UUCAUUUCCCCACAUCAUUCCUACCUCAACAUCUAACACCUCAUCCUUUUUCUUUCUCUCUUACUAUCACUCUCUAAAUAAACAGAAAAUACUAGAGCAGAAAGAGGGGAAAAAACAAAAACAAAAACAGAGAGAGAAAUUAAAGGAAAAUUAAAUCAAGACCCAAAAAAUGGUUUUAUCAUCAGUAGGAAGAAAAAAAGAGGGUGAAAUUUCAUCAGGGCUACGAAUUGUAAUGCUGCAAGUUUCAGAGAUUGAGUAUUCUAAUAUUGUGGUUAAAUCUGGAUUAAGGUCGUUAACUAGAACUCCCAUCAGUUCAUCAUCACCCAUCACCAGUUCAUCAUAUAGUGAUUUUGAUCAUGGUUUUCUCAAAUCAUGCCAUUUAUGCAAGAAGCCUCUUUCCCUUGAUAAAGAUGUUUACAUGUACAGGGGUGAGCAGGGAUUUUGUAGCAUAGAAUGUAGGAGCAGGCAGAUAAUGGUUGACGAGAUGAAAGAGAUCGAUGCCAAGAUCACCAACAAGAGGCUCAUUGCGGGUCCAACUCCUACUAUAGAUUGUGUUGGAUGUGAGACUUGUAGGCUAUUAGAGGAUCUUCGACGGCGUCGACAACACCGUAGUAAUAACCUUAAACCAUUAAUCUCUUCUACUAGACACCAACAACCUUUACUCUCUUUUUCAUAGCUUACAUAGUAGUAAUCCGUAUGAUAUUUUAGGUUUUUGGUGAUGUAGAUGUUUGGUGGUUAUAUACGAGAAGUAUGGUUUUAAGUAUGGAUUA